AUGGACGUUUCCACCCGUCACUCUUCAAAUCUUCCACAGCAGAAACAGCAGCAGCUGGAAAGUGAACAGCCUCAAGGGUUCGCAGCUCUGCUGCAGCAGCCCUUGCUGCAGCCGGUUUACGAAGCGCAGCAGCUGCAACAGUUGCAGCAGCAAGGGCGAGCCUUUGCUGUGGCGCCAGUGAGAGGGCGUAAUGGGGAAGAUAGGGGUUUAGGGUUUGUGGCUCUCCGCGACUUACCCGCGGGGUUUGUGGUAUAUGAAGAGCCCCCGCUGCUGUCUCUACAGCACACCAUCAACAAGUGCCUGGUUAAGGCUUGCUGCUUCUGUAAAGCUCCAUUGGGGGACGCAGUAUCUCAGCUGCUGCACUUUUUCUCUGCGGUGCCUGAGUCGUACGGUCACCUGCAGUCCCUGAAUAUCAACAGACACUCGCUGCUGCAGCUCCAGCAGCAGCAGCAGCGGCAGCAGCACCUGGAAGUCGUGUCUUGCCCCGCCGGUUGCGGUGAGGCGUUUUGUUCCGCGCAGUGUCUUGACGGCGACGUUGUCCAUCAGCAGCUUUGCGUCGGCCGCCUGAGCGAAGGGGCGCCGUUGGUCAUCUUUAAACGUUUUGCUGUUGAGCACUGCGAAAACCUGCUGCUGGCUGCUGCAGCCAUUGUGUCAGCAGCAGCCGCUGGAGCAGCAGCUACUGGAUUAGCAUCACCAGGAGGACUAGUGCCAAACGAAGCAGAAGCUGCUGCUGCGGCGCUGCAGUUGCUGCGGUUGCUGCUGCAGCACCACCACGGACAGUGGGAAGAGGAAGAGACAGAGACAACCACAGGGGACCGAUUGCUGGAAGAGGAAACGGAUGAGGAGACAACAGAGACAGAGUUGAGCAGAAGAGAUAUUAUCGAAAGAGGAUCAAGUCUACUGCUGUUGGGCUUGAGGGAGAUAUCUGAAGUGUACGUACACCUCAUAUCCCCGUCUCUUGUUUCUGAAUUGCUGUCGCUCUUCGAGCACUGCAAUUCAGACUUGGAGGGGCCGAACCCUCUGAAUGACUUCUUCGGGUUUUGCUUCUCACGGGCGCAAGGCAGCGAUGCAGGAGAUUUGCAAGCUCUGCUGGCGGAGAAGGAAGCAGCCCUCGUCGCUCUCUUUGGGGAGCAGCAAAAAGAAGCGGACAGCGACGAAGACGUCGGCCACAAUCCGCAAGCCACGCAUGCUGAAGGGGAGGUGCGUACAUUAAGGGAGGUGUAUUUAAACAAGCCUCUGUCCUUCCUCUGUCCUCCUCCAGUAGGAAAGGGCCGCGAAUUUCCUGGAGUGAAGCAAACGGCGUUCUUCUGCUCCAUCGCCCGCAUCAACCACAGUUGCGCGCCCAACAUGGCGAUAGAAUGCACGGACAGCCCGCGCGGAGGACAAAUGCGGCUGAAGCUCGUAAGAAACGUUCAGCAAGGAGAAGAGUUGUGCGUAUCUUAUAUUAAGGACUUACCCCGCACGGACAGACAGCUUAGGCGACAGAGGCUUGAAGAGUUUGGAUUUGAAUGCAGUUGCCACUACUGCGCGAGCGGGCUCUAG